GUAAUCAGAACUUCCUUGAGUUGCUCACAGUCACAAAAUGUUUCAACGACAACAAAAGGACAGUUACUUUUGUUAAAAUCUGUGGAACUAUUCAACAAUUAUAACAUAGAAGAGAAAAGGUGUUCAGCUAAGGGUUACUCUUUUUGGCGAUUUCAUUCUCAAGCUGUUCAACUGCUUUUUUAACCAAUGUUCAUCCCCUUUGGAUCAAUAUUUUCAGCGAUAUAGCCUAUUGUUUCAGUUAGUGGAAUGUUUAUCUUUGAAUGAUACACGCUAGAGUUCACAAACAAAGUGGCAAAAAGUCUGCUCGUAAUACAAAUGAACAAGCUGAUCGUAAAGAAAGUUCAAUUGAAUCACGAUUCCGUACAAUCUUGCCUAAACCAAUCGGUAAUAAGCAGACAUCGUGUGCUCAAUUUCCAUUAUUGGAUUUAAAACCACGCCGGAGAAAUGGUCGUCGUCCGACAAUUUCAACAGCAUCAUCAUCCUCAUCGUCGUCUGAACCCAUUCUUCUAUCGAAAAAACAAAUCAAUCCUACUCAGCCUCCGCCUCAUCAUCAUCAGGAUGUUGGGAACAAUUCGUCUACUGGCGGAGUGUGCAAUUAUACAUCCACUUUCACUUCAGUGGAGAAUUCUCAAACUCAAUUAAAUCCUCCUACUAUAUUUUAUCAAUCAACUGAUGAUAAUCAUGGCGGUGAUGGUGGUGGUCAUAUUACAAAUCAUGUGAAUUUAAGUAAUGAGAUCAUAUAUGAAUCAGUGACGAAUGCAAAUGAUCCAGUCUGUAAACAGCCACACUUACUUACUGUAGCUGCUGCUUACGCCUCACAACUUCCUUUCAGUAGUAAUGAUAUCUCACACAAUAUGGAUAAUUUUGUCACGGAUGCAGCUUUAGUACCUUUUUCAACAACCAAUUCUUCUAUGCCGAGUAUUCAAAUCUAUCCUAUCCCAUGGAUGUCUGAUACACAACAUAAUUCUACUCUGACAUCUUCUGAUGUCUUAAUAUCUAAUGGAGUAAUCAAUCAAUCAAUAGAUCAUCCAGUUUAUUCUACUGCUACUUCCUCUUCUUGUGACAAUCAAUUUCAUACAGUUACCAGUGUGACAACAAAUUGUGAAUUAUCAUCAUCAUCGUCGCUUACACAUGAAUCAUUAACACCAUAUUCAUUUAUUCAGUUUUAUCCUGUUAUGAGUUCAGAUGGUCAGCUAUACUACAUGACUGGUACACCAAUUGAAAUUGCUCAAACAGAUCCUAAUAGCUGCUGUAAUCAUCAAAUGGAGUUUAAUUCUGGCAUAGUUACUGCUAAUUGUUGUAGUGAAUCAGGUUAUGAAUAUACAACAAAUGAGAUAUGGACGUCUAACGAUCUUAGUAGUGCGGAUACUGAUAAUACCAAUAAUAAUAACAAUAAUAAUAAUACAAUAAAUAUAAAUUCUUCAAUAUCAUCACAUCAUGUAUCUAACACAGAUGUUAAUAUUGGUGAUGGACAUCAUGGAAACAAUACGAGUUCUGUUGCUUAUAUUGUUACUCCUGAAAGUUGUAAUAAUAAUAAUAAUAAAAAUAAUGAGGGGAUUAUAUACUUCUCAUCACAUUAUAAUCACAAUAAUGGUGUAUCAGAGAAUUGUCAACCGAUUUUAGAUUACUUAUCAAAUGAUGUAGAAGUUAUCGAUUUAAAUAUCCCUGCUGCUGUUGUUCAUUUGGAUGAAAGUAGUAGUGUUUCUGGUACAGCUAGUGUUCUAGGCGAAACUCAGCUGACCUCAACUUUAUUAUACGAUGUUAAUCCUCUUACAAAUAGCAAUAAUGAUAAUAAUAACAAUGAUAAUAAUCAUCAUUUCAGUCUAACAUGCUCUGAUUCAACAGAAUCCCCCCUAUUGAAUUCUACAAAUAUUAUUACAACAAGCUCUGAUCAACAACAAUCACUUUCAGUCAUGUGUACUGUAAAUCAAAAUGAUCUCAGCAAUAAUAGUGGCGAUGGUGGUGGUGGUGGUGAACAAUCGAUAUUCGAUACAGUUACAGUAUUAAACUCAACUCCAUCAGCAAUCCAUUCUGAAGUUUUACAAGAAUCUACUAUCUCCCUAGAGCUUACCACUAGUGAUUCCAAUGAUGCUUCUUUUUCAUCAUUAAACAGCGAAAGAAUAGACUGUCUAAAAGAAUAUUUAAAUUUCAAUAAAACGCCUGCUACAGAAACACUAAACAACAACUCUAUUGUGUAUACAUUAAAAGAUUCUUUGCAUAGUAAUAAUAAUAAUAAUAAUGACAACACCAACAACACGGAUUUGAAUAACUCACCGUUAACAAAUGAUUUAUCGGAUCUAACAUCACAUGUGAACAACUCAUCAACAUCAUCAGCAACGACAACAGUGGCACUAACUUCUCCUAUUUGUCAAUUGCCGACAUCCGUUUAAUACUGUAUGUUGUUAUGUUUUUCUUACAGUCUUGUACAUACAUAUUCACUUAUAUGUAAUAAUGUUGCUGGUUAGUUUAUUAUUUCGAUUAUUAUUAUUACUUUUACGCCUAUUAUGUUAUCAUAUCCAUUUUGAAAGUAAUUCACACUGUUUGAUAUUGCAUAAUUGUUUUUGGCCGAUAAUCUUAUUGCCUGUUUUUUUUAAGUGUUGCUUCAUUUUUAAGCUUUCUUUGAAUAUUAUUAUUGUUAUUUUUACUUAUUAUCCUGCCUAUGGAUGAAAAAUGUGACAUUGUUUCUCUCUUGUAAAAUAUUAUGUGUCUGUGUAAAUAAUAUGAGUACUAAUCAUAGUGAUAAUUAUUAAUCAACAAUGUUGUUUUAAUGCUAAUGAAAUGAUCAUUAUAUAUGCGACACACCAAAAUAUAUAACUUUAUUAUGCAAUAAUGAAUAAUAAUAAUUAUUAUUAUAGUUAAUUUCAUUUUUCCUUAUUAUACUAAUAUUCCUAACAAUAAUAUUUUUUAUUCAACUGUUUUGUAUUAUUUUCAAAAAUCAUGAUCUCAAUUCUUCUUUGCGACAAACCUGUUGUUGUUGUGUCUUUAUUUAUGUUUAUAUUAUAAUUUGAUGAUAUAAACGAUUAUCAUCUCAUGUGUACGAUUGUAGUAGUUAGUAGUAGUAGUAUCGUCAAUAAAUUCCAUGAUUAAAACGCUUCCUUCAUCAUAUUUCAUUUGAGCCGGGCCUAGCCCACUAUUGUGUUUACUUGAUUUAUUUAUUUAUUUAUCACUCAUGCAGCAUUUAUUUUUGUUUAUUUGACAAGACAACAUUGUGUUUUUUUAAAAAUGUUUUUAACGAAAUGGAUUGUGUUCUUCUCAUUAUUCUACAUGUCCAAUAGUUAAAUAGUCCCCCCCCCCUUAUCCCCCAAAACAUCCUCCCCCACUUUUUUGUCUUCUUUGUACUGGUUCUUGUAUAUUUGAUCUCAUUAGGUUCUUCCUCCCCCUCCUCAUCAUCAUUAUGAGCAGUCAUCAUCGUUGUUUUUGAUUUCCUCCUCAAAGUAUAUGAGGAGGAGGAGGAGAAGAAAGAGGGGGUUAAGUGUUAUUUAAUUGAUUCACUAUGUAAUCAGUUAUGCAUUGUUUUUUUCCAUAUGUCUCUUAUCACAUAUUAAUACUAUCUGAUGACGUAUAACGUUUAAUGUAAUGAUUAAUAGUCCUGUUUGUAUGAAAAUUCCGUUUUUAAUUUCCAUUAACUUUUUCCUUUGUUUAUUUAUUAUAGAAGUAAUGUGUUGUUAAUUCAGAAAAAAAAAGUUGUUUAGUGUAUUUGAAAACUUAAACUCUAAUCCGUUCUGUCUUUUUUUAAAAAAAUUUGACUAUGAAUAUUUGUUGUGGAACUUUCAGCAGAAAGGAGGUAGUUUUUGAGGUGAAUGUGACGCUGCCAUCCUGUGUAUAUGCAUAUUUAACUCAUUGAUAAAUUAUUAUUAUCAUUAUUGUUAUGGUAGCCAUAAGUGUUAUUAAUUCACAAAGUGGGAUUUAGUAUUAAUAUCAUCCCUAUAGCGUCGGUGGUUUAGCUGUAGGAAUGCUCGUCAACUAUGAAUGUGGUUCAGGGUUCUAUCGCCAUCUGAUACACUCCUAAACCUUGCUACAGGCUGGUAGUAAGGCGUGUAAACAGGAAAGGUUGGGUGUGAAGCUAGCAAACCCCCACCCCCGUAAAAGUAGAAAUCACUGCUGCUGAAUCCUACUUGAAUAUCGGAAAAUUUUACGGUACACAGGAAUUACUUCAAAACAUUUAUUGUUCAAUAUAAUUAGCCGAAGAUGUGAAGCAGUAGGGCUAUUGAAGUAUUUUACAACCACUAUGAGUCAUUUUCAGCAAAGAACGGUAUGCUGCAGUGUAGACUUCAGUGCUGUGUGCGUAUUUUGCAUCAAGACCUAAUGUGCAAAUAUACACUGGUCAAGAAUUAAGAGCAUUAGGUAACUAUAUCAUACUGUCACACGCUUGCCAAAAUCUGAGGAACUUUCUGUAUAGAUGCUUUGUUUGUCAACAGGUCAUGUAACAGUUGCUGAAGAUUGUAUUCUACCGAAUAACCCAUCACGUAAUUCUAAGGCUUAUUUUUGCUAUUACUGAAGAUGUUGCCAUUACUAGGUGGAUAAUGAACAGCAAUUUCGAAUUUCGUCUGAUGUAAUAGGACGAAGUUCAAGUUAUUGACAUAUCCUUAAAGAAUCCAUUUCCCACACACUUCCAAAAGCACAUGAAACCCUCCUGAGCAUCAUUCUCCCUUACCCACAUCACCCUCGUCAUCUUACUUAUCUACUACAGCCAGUACUAUUCUACAAGUUAGUCAGUCAUUCUCACUUCACUCUGUGACAACAAACAACGGUGAGGGCCAUGGAAGCACCCCCGACAGCCUCUUAGAGCCAUGUCGCCAACUUUAUAUAGGAGCAUUGAACGUAAGAGCCCUCUGCCAAAUCGUACAACUGGCAUCUCGAGCCAUGGAUGUAUGUUGUGUCUCGCAGAUACGCGUACAAGACCCGAGUGUGGUCAUUCACUCAACCCCACCAGGCGAAAUUCACUUAAAAGUUGUCAGGUGACUCCUCAACUAGUUCGCGAGGACUCGGAGGUGUUGGGAUAGCAUUGAGUGUUAGGGAGGGAAAAUCACUUCUUGACUGGAUCUCAGCAUAUAGUCAUAUGUGUGCGGUCCCUCCGAACGGGUCCGUUAGAAGAAAUCAUAAUCUUCGCUUACACCCCAAUAGACUGCAAUUCGGAUGAACUAAAUGAUGAAUUCUACUUGAAACAGAUUUGCUGCAAGAAGCAAAACGCUCAGAUAUGGUUGUUUUAGCAGGCGAUUUCAAGUAGGGAAGUUAUGCCAGACUGAGUAUAUAGCUGGUACCUACGGAGUUCCCUGCCGACAACGUUGAUCAUCUUCUACAGUUCUGUUCACAUAAUCAUCUGUUCCUAGUCAGCACUAACUUAAGGCACAAAGUGAGACACUGCGUAACUUGGCGACCCCCACCACCAAAUCAAUGCUGGGGUCAGAUAGACCACAUAGCGACAGGAUAUCGUUGACGAGGGUCAGUAGACGACUGCCGAUUCUUCUGGAACACGUGCUUAGACUCCG